AUGUUAAAUACUAAACUAACUAAAUUCAUUGAUUCAAAAGCAGAUCAAGUCAACUCAUCUAUUAAAUCUGCAUAGACAUCUUUACAAAAUUAGACAUCCUAAUUAACUAACCAAAUUACAGAUGCUAAUCAAACCAUGAAAGUUGCUGCUCCCUUACUCAAAGCAAUGGGUAUUAAUCUAAUCCUAACUAUAUAAAGGACAUUCUGAGGCUACUCAAAUCGCUAAAGGAUUAGAUAUUGCUUAAAAGAACCUUGUACCUAUUCUUGAUUAAACAAAUAAAGCAAUAUAAAAAGGUACUGACAUGGCUAACUCCUAAAUUUAAAAAGCAUCCAACAUAGCCACUUAAUAAAUUCAAAAAGUCAAUGUAAAUUUUAUUCUAUAUCUCUAAGGAUGUUGUUGGUUCAUAACUAGAAUAAGGAUAGCAUAUAAUUAAAUAAUAAUAUGAAAAAGGUAUAGAGGCUAUCAAAGAAAAUUAAAAUUUCUAAUCUAUUGCAAUUAAAGCAGCUGUUGUAGGAAUGGCAAUUAAUUAAAUUGUAGAAACCCCAACUGAUGAUGGAUAACUCACAUCAAGUUAGAAAAAUACUUAAUAGCAACAAUAAUAAUAAUAAUAAUAACAAUAAUAAUAAUAAUAAUAAUAAUAAUAAUAAUAAUAAUAAUAAUAAUAAUAAUAAUAAUAAUAAUAAUAAUAAUAAUAAUAAUCAUAAAUAUAAACAUAAACAUAAUCAUAAAAUAGAAAUAUCCUACCUACUUAAAGUAAUAUUGUUGCUGAUUUUAAUAAAUAAUAAUAAAAAUAAGAAUCUAAUUUCUUUCAAAAUAAAAUUAAAUAAUAUAUCAAAAAAAUUACAGGGAAAUAAGUCAAUUCCAGAAUCGAAUAUUUAUGUCUUAUCUAAUAAAAAAUAAAAGAUAAUAUCGAUAUCAAUUAUUUAUAAUAAUCCAAAUAAUCUUUAAAAAAUGAAAUGUGGAAAGCAGCUUAUUAGGAGAGAAGAAUCUAAAGUCAUUAGAUUUUUGUAUAAUAUAUGACUACGAUGGUAGAAUUUAUUUUUGAAUAUUUAACAAUAGUUGAAACAGUCUUUUAGUAGAUUAAAAUGAGAUAUAAAUCAUCAAAUAAUUCAUUUGAAAUGAUUCUCAAUUAUUGCAAUAAUUUAUCAAUACAACUCGAUUAUUUUACAACGUAUUGUUAUGUUCAACCAAACUAAAAAAUAUUGAGUAGGUUAUUUACAAAUUAGACAAAAUAAUAAAUAAAAUAAAACUCAAAAAAUAAUAAAAUGAAAAAAUCUAAUAGAUCAAGUAACUUAAAUACAAAUGCAGAUAAUUAAUAAUUAGAAUUGAGAGAAGAAAAAGCAGAAGUAUAAUUUUACCAUUAAUAACUAUGCUAAAAUUUUAGCAAUCUUGAGAAUGAAUAUUAAUAGCACACUUCUAAUAUCUAAAUAUUAAAGAAUAAUUUGAAAGGAGAAAUUAAAGAUAAAAUAACUAUUUGUUAAUAAAUGAAUUAAUAGAAGAUGUCUGAUUAUUUGAUGCAAGUUUAAGGAUAACGAAACAUCACAUUUGAAGCUGUCGAGUAAUUUUAUAAGAGUUUCAUGUAAUAUGAAUAAAUCUAUAGUUAAAAUGUAGAAAGUUGUUUUGAGGGAGUUCAAUAAGUGAAGGAUACCUAUGAUGAAGAAUUUAGAAUGUAUUGUAAAUUAUGAAUUAAAUUUAGAUUACUUUAAAUCAUUAAUAAAAUAAUAGUAAUAGUUUGGAUUAUUCACUACAUAUAUCUUAAAAGAGAUAUCAGAAUUUGAAUAUAUAAGAAUAGAAUUUUUGUAGAAAUUAUUUUCAUAGUUGACAGCAGAGUUAGGAAAAUAUUUUUAAUUUGCGAAUUAAAAAACAAUUGAUUUUACAAAUUAAGAGAUAUUAUAAUAAGCAAAAGUGGCUUUUAACAUAAAUUAAUUAUUGACACCAGAAUAAUUAGUAAUAAUUAAGAAAUACUCAGGCAUUCCAUUAUAGAAUGAGAUUUCACCAGAUAUUUAUUCUGCAUUUGCUUCAAAUUUUACAAGUAAAUAUAAUCUUAAUAAUAUUAAUUAUAGUACCUUCUCCUGAAACUCUAUUGUAAUAGUCUCCUUUGAUUUUGAAGAGAUAUAAUGUUUAACGGGAUGUUGCUUGGGAAAGAUCAUUAAGUUUUGGCAAAGAUUUUGUACCAAGCACUUUUAUAAUAACUGUUGAUGGGUUUUUAUUAUUUUAUGAUACAGAUUGGAAGGAACAAAAUACUGAAGAACCAAUAUAGUGUCAUAAUUUUAUGGUUAUUAAUGAGGUAUUAAAUAUUAUAUAAUUUAAUAGUUAACAAUUAAGGAAAGCUAAAGUGACGAGAGUGUUGUAGAGUUAAGUGUAAGAAAGUAAGGGAAACUAUUUGAUACACAUAAGAAAUAAAUUUUAAAGAUGAAUGAUGUAAUGGAGAAGGAAUCCUUAAAAUUAUUACUAAAUUAGUUUAAAUGA